UGAGGAUGUUUAAUUAACACCACACCACACCGACUGGCAGACAUUUGCGCAGGAAAAGAAGAAAAGAAAAAUCGACGGAGGUAAGAUGGGAGUGGUGAUAAUUGACGGGACGACGGUGAAGGACUUCGUGAGCAACGAGGUGCUGUUCAAGAAGAGCGUGGACGAGCGUUUUGCUGCUCUGGAUCUGAACAACGAUGGUGUUCUGUCCCGGUCGGAGCUGCGGAAAGCAUUCGAGUCGAUGAGAUUGAUCGAGACCCACUUCGGCAUAGAAGUGGCGACCUCGCCGGAUCAGCUGACGCAGCUCUACGAUUCCAUAUUCGAUAAGUUCGACUGCGACCACAGUGGGACGGUGGACCUCGACGAGUUCAGGGAGGAGAUGAAGAAGAUUAUGCUGGCCAUCGCCGACGGGCUUGGCUCUUGCCCUAUUCAGAUGGUUCUCGAGGACGACCACCAGAGCUUUCUCCAGCAGGCUGCAGAUCUCGAGGCUUCCAAGAUAUCAUCAUCAGUUUCACACACCUAGCUGCCCACUUCCUUUCUUCCAUCUCGAUCCUGUUCACCUUCUUUUUUUUCCUUCUUCUUCUUCUUUCUUUUGAAAGGAAUAAAAGAUUUGAACUAAUCCUCUGUAUGAAAUGCGAAUGUAAUAUACCUUCCGUCUUUUUCCUUUUUUUGGGUUUGUUUUGAAGCUUGAAAUAAAAGGUGACGCUGGGGACAUUAUUACGA